CACAUUUGCACUGACAGCUUUCAUCUGGACUACUUUUGAGACUUGUCUAAGCAGGUUCUUCACAGAAACUUAUUCAGUCGACAUAGCUCUAGUAAUGCUUUCCUUUGCAUCCCUGCGGCAUGUUUUUGUUUAUAUUCUCCUGGUGGGCCCAAGGGUCUUUGCCUCGGACAAAUACAUUGCAGCAGUGUAUGAGCACGUGGUGAUGUUGCCAGGAAUUACCCUAAAGCCUGUUUCUUCUGAAGAGGCCUUAAAAUUGAUGAACAAAAACAUGGACAUCUUGGAAAAGGCUGUCAAAGGGGCAGCAAAGCAGGGUGCACGCAUCAUUGUGACUCCUGAAGAUGGCAUAUAUGGUUUUCGCUUCACAAGGGAAGCACUUUAUCCAUACCUUGAAGAUAUUCCAGAUCCACAGGUCGACUGGAUUCCAUGUACUGCCCCAGAAAGAUUUGGAUCCACCCCAGUGCAAGAAAGACUGAGUUGUCUGGCAAGGCACAACUCUAUCUAUGUGGUUGCCAAUAUUGGGGAUAAGAAACCUUGUAACCACACUGACUCCAAAUGCCCUAGUGAUGGUCACUAUCAGUACAAUACAAAUGUCGUCUUUGACUCAAAUGGAAAACUGGUAGCACGCUACCACAAGUUCAAUCUUUUUAUGGUAGAACAUCAGUUUGAUUUCCCUCAGGAGCCUGAAUUUGUGACCUUCAGUACUGACUUUGGGAAAUUUGGCCUUUUCACAUGCUUUGAUAUCCUGUUUCAUGAUCCUGCGGUAGCCCUGGUGAGCAAGCACCAUGUGGACACUAUUCUUUUCCCGACAGCUUGGAUGAAUGUUCUCCCACAUUUAACAGCUGUUGAAUUCCAUUCAGCAUGGGCUAUGGGCAUGCAAGUCAAUGUUCUGGCAUCAAAUACUCAUAGUUGUGACUUGAACAUGACAGGUAGUGGUAUCUAUGCACCGGAUGGAUCCCGAGCAUAUCAUUACGAUGCAGAAUCGAAAAAUGGACAUCUUCUGAUUGCAGAGCUCUAUUCCCAUCCUUCCCUUUCUCCUACCCAUCCUUCAUCUGUUAACUGGAGCUUAUAUGCCACAACUAUCAAACCAUUCCCUGAGGACCAUAAUUUUACAGGAUUAAUUUUCUUUGAUGAAUUCACUUUCUCUGAACUCACCAAAGAAGCUGGCAAUUUUACGGUUUGCCAGAAAGACCUCUGCUGCCAUUUGAGCUACAAAAUGACAGAAAAGCGAGAAGAUGAGGUCUAUGUGCUAGGUGCAUUUGAUGGCCUUCAUGAGGUCGAAGGACAAUACUACUUACAGAUAUGCACAUUGCUGAAAUGUGGAAGUACAGACCUAAAAACCUGUGGCCAGUCUGUGACAACUGCUCAUACCCAUUUUGAUUCAUUUUCUCUCAGUGGCACGUUUAGCACAAACUACGUCUUCCCAGAAGUCCUGCUUAGUGGAGUUCAGUUAGCACCUGGAGAGUUUCAGGUUUUGAGUGAUGGACAGCUGAUUAGUCAGAAUGGUACAUCAAAGCCAGUCUUAACAGUGACACUUUUUGGGAGGUGGUAUGAAAAGGAUCCUCCACAUCUCCACAUCUACAGCAGUAGGAUUCUCUGAGAUGUUCUGAGGAAGAUGCUUUGCCAUUGCCAUUGUGAAUAGACAUGAAUGGCUUAUUCUUAACUUUUUUCUUUUGUCAACUAUCACUGGAAUUUAAGUACUGAAUUCUAUAUGACCUUGAAAACAGCCGUUAUUUUUUCAGGACACUAAUAAAAGACCAAACAAUUCA